ACGUGACAGGUUAUAAGGAUUGUAAGAUCCAUGCUAUAAGGAGAUUUUAAAAAAAUAUGUAUCUGGCGUAUUUCUCAAGAUGAAUUCUGUGUUCAUCUUACAUUUAGGAAGAAUAGUUUAAAAAAUGUUAAAGGCUACUUCAAACAAAAAGUCGCCGGACCAGUUUUUCACGUUUUUGUGUAAGGUGGCCAUUACGCAGGUAAAGGGAGUGAACGCGACGCAGCCCUUUUUUUAAGCCAGGUAAAGUAGCACGGUGCGUUAGCUUAGAACGAGGAAACACCAGCUUUUAAAAAGGGGGAAACGAUACAUACAAAUACUUUUUAGGAAGGCCAGGAAGCUGGGAUUACUUGAUAACGCACCAUGAAUCUAGACCGGUCAGACUCCCAGGAAUCUCUUGAUGGUCCUGAUGAUGAGGUUAUGCCAUACAGUGAUGAUGAAACGGACGAUGAACUGGAGCAGAUAUCCGAGGGUGAGGAACCAGAGGUACCUCCAGUAGUGGAGGUCAAGCCUACUGAGGGUCCCUGGAAAGUCCGUGCAAAUGACCGAGAUUUCUGUAACUUGCCUGAGUUCCAGAAACCAGCCCUUCUCUGCUUCAAGAAGAGCAAGUAUGCUGGAAAUGCCAUCAAGACAUACAAGUAUAAUGUUUUCACAUUUAUACCAUUUAACCUAUAUGAACAGUUCAAAAGAGCAGCAAAUUUAUAUUUUCUUGUAUUACUGAUUUUACAGAUCAUUCCUCAAAUUUCUACAUUGCCUUGGUAUACUACCCUUGUGCCUUUAGUUAUUGUUUUGGGAAUCACAGCUAUUAAAGACUUGAUAGAUGAUCUGGCACGUCACAGGAUGGACAAGGAGAUCAACAACCGGAAAUGUGAAGUUUUAUCUGAUGGCAG